AUGGCUUUCUUUGCUCUUUUCGAUAGCAAACUUCGAGCUCAAAGGAAGGAAGAAGAAGCUGAGAACUCCAGACUCGAGUACGAGCGAACUCGCCGAUUGCUCGGUUUAAAGAUCACCUUCCCCGGUGACCUUGGCUCCGAUGAGAUUUGGUGGAGGGAUCACUUUCUGUGGCUGAAGGAUGUCGGAUAUCAACUACGUCCACGCCAUGCUCCAGACUGGGUUCCUUCAUGGCAAGGCACAGAUAAAUAUUGGGGUUUGUGCGAGGAUAGUUGGCGGAUGCAUAGCACGCAAAUUGCCAGUGCAACGCGAACAUCUGAUGGGGCCCGUGUCGCUUUGAAACGCAUUCAGCCAUCUCUUCAUCCGUAUGAGAUUGAAGUGGGCAGGUUUCUGGCAUCUGAACCCCUUCGGCAGCGCGAAAACCAUUGUGUGGAGAUGCUUGAUGUGUUACAAGUGCCAAAUGAAGUGGACGAAACUAUUUUGGUAUUGCCCCUACUUCGUCCCUUCGACAAUCCUCCAUUUGAGACAAUCGGUGAAAUCAUCGACUUUACUCUUCAAGUUUUUGAGGGCCUACAAUUCAUGCAUAAGCACCGCGUAGCCCAUCGUGACUGCAUGAAUUUGAAUAUCAUGAUGGAUCCCAGGGAAAUGUACCUACAUCCAUUUCAUCCAUGCAGGCCCUCUAGACGUUUGGAUUUGAAAGGACCGGCAAAACAUCGUUCACGUACAGAGUGUCCUCCGCGAUAUCUUUUCAUUGAUUUUGGAAUCUCCCGACGCUACCAAGCUUGGCAAGUUGCUCCUCUAGAACCCCCGAUUUGGGGAGGGUACAAAGGCGUUCCAGAGUUUCAGACGUCCAAUGAACCCCGUAACCCGUUUCCGACGGAUGUGUGGUAUCUGGGUUACGCUCUACAACAACAGCUUCUUGAGGUCUAUCGCGGCCUGAGUUUUAUGGAACCGUUGGUUUCGGAUAUGCUACAAACCGAUCCUGCGAAGCGGCCAACCAUGGAUGAGGUCAUGUCUCGCUUUGUACCAACAUACAGCGCAUUAAGCCCGUGGAAAUUACGCUCCAGGGCAGUCAUGAAGGAGGAAUGGAUUAUUAUGCGACCUUUCCGUGCUCUCUUUCAUUGGUUGCGCUGUCUCGGGUUUUUAUGGCGACGUCUCCCUGCUAUACCAUCUCUCACUGUGUAA